AUGGAAAUCGAAUGCUUGAAAGAAAUAGUUAAAACAGACAAGUUUCAACAUAUAAAUGCCUUUGUUUCAGAUAACGAUUCUAAGGCAGGAAAAGUGGUCGCCAAAUCCGGCGCUCAAUGUGUUAUUCUAAAAGACAUCAAUCACACAUUAAUUUCUACUUUUACUAAUGAAAAAUUCGAAUUUUUGGAAAUAAGAUUUAGAGGAAUCUUAAAUAGCACUCAUCUUAAAGUUGAUGAAAAGAUCGAAAAAUGGUUGAGUCUGAAAACUGAAUAUGCAAAUCAUAAGCUCAAAGAUCAAAUUGUUGACUUAAUUGAUAGUACUGCUGUUCUUUUUAAUUUUGUAAGACGGAAUUGUCACACAAACUUCAGUGAAUUUUUCAACGCUAUGAAAAGUAGAUAUAUAGAAAAAAAGAGAUUGGACAGUCGGUUUUAUAGCGAGAUGUUUUAUAACAGUUUUAUCGUUUAA